UCCGUAUGCCCCCAGUGGACUAUAAAUUACUUCUAGGUCCAACCAUUAUUCAUAUCUUAGGGGGCAGUUUUAAUUUUGUAACCCCUUUCCGACGAGCCCACCUCCCGUUAAAAAACCGUGGCCGCUUCUCGCCUCUCCUCUGGCCGCCCUCCCGCCGGCGGCGAUGGACGCUCGCCACGCGUCCCUAGGACGACGAACGUUGGAAGAGAUCCGCCAAAAGAGAGCUGCCGAAAGAUUACACAGAGCCUCGUCCGGAUCCGAUUUGGAAUCCUCCGAUCCAUAUGGGACUCGGAGACCGGAGGGCGGAAAUCAGACAGCAGAGAGAGAUUCUUAUGCAUUAGUUAAAGAACUUGAGAAUAAAAAUACAGAAUUGGAAAGAGAAAAUCGGAGGCUGCUGUCAAAGCUUGAAGAAGAGGAAGUUGAAAAUGAUUCACUGAUGAAGCGUUUAAAUGAUCUGGAAAAAAAUACUUUGCCUUCCUUGAGGAAAUCUCUCAAGGAUGUUUUUAUAGAAAAGGAUGCAGCAGUUGUUGCCAGGGAGGAUGCUUUGUCCCAACUUCGGACCAUGAAGAAACGGUUGAAGGAGGCAGAAGAGGAGCAAUACAGAGCUGAAGAGGAUGCUGCAGCUUUAAGAGCAGAAUUAAAUUCAUUACAGCAACAAGGAAUGGGGAAUUCUUUUAGUAGCAUCCCUUUAAGUGACUCAACAGAGAAAACUCUUGGCAUGGAAAAGGAAAUAAUGGAUUUGAAGUCUGAGUUACAGCAUGAGUCACUGUUGAGGCAACAAGAGCAACAAAAACUAGCUAAAGAGCAGCUUCGAACUUCUUCCCUCAUGUCUGAAAAGCAGGAGCUGGAAGAUAGACUUGCAGCUUUGACCAAAAAGAUUUCAGAAGAUGCUUCAGAUUUAGCUGCUCACAAGGGAUUCUCUGUGAAAGAGAAGGAGAAACUUGAAAAGCUGCAUGAUAUGGCAAUAAUGGUAGAGAGGCUUGAAAACAGUCGACAGAAACUAUUAAUGGAGAUUGAUUCACAAUCUUCAGAGUUAGAAAGGUUAUUUGAAGAGAACUCUAAUUUGUCUGCUGCUUAUCAAGAUGCAUUAGGAGUUGCAGGGCAGUGGGAGAACCAGGUGAAAGACUGUCUGAAGCAGAAUGAAGAGCUUCGUUGCCAAUGGAUAUGCUGAGAACUGAACAAAUCAACCCCACUGCAAGCAAGGGAUCAUACUGCCCAGUCAUACAUGGAACUGAGAGAGGAACUAUAC